GGCUCAGCGAUAUACCCUCACCAAAUAAGAGUUAACGGCGGAGCACGCGUAAAUAUGCCGCACAGCGGUUCAUCAACUACCACCUAUGCGCCUAUGGCUAUACGCGCUACAUUACGUGAUAGCAAAGUUGACUCCCCGAAUGAGUUGAACUGCACAGCCCAUUAGAAAUUGAAGAUAAUUUCUCCGACAAACGGAGCGAAAGAAACGGAAAGACCAACUUGAUUUUGGAACCAGGUGAUGUAGUGGAACCUGGCAGGAUGGCCGGCCGGGUAAAUGCUGUGGCGGCAGGUGCGCUAUUACUGAUGGUGACAUGGAUGGGAAUCGGAUGGAUCGCAGGUUGCGAAGGUUCCGACUCGGCUUACAGUCUGUACGAAGACAUGAUGAAGGACUACAACCCGAUGAUUAUUCCCGUCGAGAACAGUUCCAGCGUCAUGAACGUCUACGUCGGCCUGACCUUGUCUCAGAUUGUCGACAUCGAUGAGCAGAAUCAGAUUAUGAUCACCAGUAUUUGGCUGAAACAGAAAUGGAAGGAUUACAGGUUUGUCUGGAACCCAGACGACUACGAGGGUCUACAGCAGAUGGAGGUUCCUAUCGAUCAGCUUUGGAAGCCGGACGUCGUUCUUUAUAACACGGCCGACGGAAACUACGCAGUAGAGGUUGUGAACAGAGCCACGGUAAAACACGACGGUACGGUCUACUGGAAUCCUCCCGUCAUCUUCAGGAGUUCCUGCCUCAUCGACAUCUCCUACUUCCCCUUCGACGAGCAGCGCUGCACGAUGAAGUUCGGCUCCUGGACCUACGACGCCUCCCAGCUUGACAUCAAGCCGCUCAGCCGACGGGUUGAGCGGGAGAACUACCGUGCUAACGGGGAGUGGGAGAUCGUAGAAUCACUCAUCGAGAAGCACGCCAUCAGGUACGCGUGCUGUGAAGACGUCUACUUGGAUCUGACCUACACCUUCGUGCUGCAUCGCAACCCACUCUUCUACAUCAUCACCCUGGUACUGCCGUGUAUACUGAUUGCACUAUUGACUGCCCUGAUCUUCUACCUCCCCUCGGAAGCUCAGGAGAAGAUCACUCUGUGUAUUUCAGUGCUCCUGGCUCUGAUUGUGUUCCUCCUGUUGAUUCCAUCCAUCAUCCCACCCACCGCUACCACGGUGCCUCUCAUCGCUCGCUACAUGCUCUUCACCAUGGCCACUGUGGCCAUCUCCAUCGUGGCCACAGUCUGGACCAUCAACCUCCACUUCCGUAACACCAGCACCCACGUAAUGAGCAAGUGGAUGCGGCGGAUCUUCCUGGAGAUCCUACCCAGGCUGCUGCUGAUGAAGCGCCCGGGGGAAGACAAGGAACGCGAGGAGAAGGAGAAGCAGAAGCAGAUGGAGAAGGCCGUCAUCCGGAGCAACGCCUCCUCCUCCUUCAUCUGCCUGCCGGGGGAUAACGGGAGGAAGGAGCCCAGGGGAUACUCCAAGACGGCCGGGGCUUCCACCUCCAUGCCGCCGUCUCUGCGCGAGGAGAUUGAGCACCGUGAGCGGGGAAGCCCUCUCAAGAGAUACGGCGAGUACAAGCCCGUGAAGAAAGAGUGGCAGGAACUUCUAGGUUACCUAAAUUACAUCCAGCACAACAUAGAGGAGACGGACACAGUUGAGGAUUCAGAGGACGAGUGGGCCUUCGUAGGCCUGGUCAUCGACCGUUUUCUCCUGGUAGUCUUCACCUUCACGGUUGUGAUCGGCACCGUCGUCUUCUUCAUGGAGUGCCCGAUCUUCUGGGAGAACCCUAACACCCAUUACAGGGAGGUGUACGAGGAACCAGAGAUCCUACUGAGUGCCGGGUACUAUGAUCUGUACCCGACAUUAGCCCCUACUCAACCGAGUGUCUCGGUGGCACGGUAGGGCGGGUUCGCACUACCCAAAGAGAAAAGUAUCCUUCGUAAAAGACUCUGUAAAAAAAUAUGUAAUUAGAUUGACCUAGCUUGAACUGUUCCUAGAGGGAGCUAUAAUGUCGAAGCGUUUGCGCACGCACCAAACGAAGGAACUACAACGUGUCAAAUAUUUCCUACUUUUGAUCCUGGAUAACUUUUGUUUACCAAUGGAAUUAAUCCAAAAUUUCAGAUAUGCAAUCAAGACACCACAAAUUUUAUGGAACGACUUUCAUAAAAAUUAGCUUUGUGCAAGAGGGUGAGAUUUAAACGCCAUACGAAAGAAAAUACUCACUUUCAGAAUGUCAAUGCUGCAGUCGAAAGCCUCUGAAGGAAUGCCGGUGUAGCAUGAAUUUAGGUUUUAUGAAAUACGGACUCAUUGGUGGUAUUGCUCAUGCAUAUAUAAUUAGUAGAGGGACCGGUCACGUGAGAGGGUUUAACCAAUAAAAGGGAAAAAGAGUCCGAUUUUCAUACAAGUCAGAUUUUCAUGUGACACCGGAUCACCCCUGAUGUCAUUGGCGCAACACACGGUCGGAGGUGUGCCACGACACCAGGGGUGAUCCUGCAUUCCUUCAAAAGCUUUCUGCCGCUGGAGGACGCCAUAGAAGUCGAAAGUGGCAGAUUCUGAAAGUGAACAUUAUUUUCAGUGGCGUUUAAAACUCCCCCUCUUGUACAAAGCUGAUGAAACUCGCUUCAUAAAAUUUGUCGUGCCUUGUUUACAUGAUCUGAUCCAUUGGUAAACAGAGAGUUAUUUAGGAUCAAAAGUAGGACACGUUUUUAACACGUAGUACUUUCCUAUUGCGGUUAAGUUCAGUGUUGUAUAUCCAGAGGGGAAAGAAGGGGGAGGGGAGGGGAUGGCAAGG